AUGGUGACAACCAUUAAUGCGCGGUCAAAUGUCGACUCUCUGAUUCCCGAUAACCAUAUAGGAAACGCAAUCGUGUUUGCGGCUACGACCUACCCAAGAUCACCGAUGCUAGAGCAGGAAUCAAGUUUAUUUACCUUGGUCAAGGACUUGGUCUUCCGUGCCCACAAAGCACGUAAGGCUGUCGACGACAAACAGGUCAAGGCCACGAUUACGCACGUCAAUGCCAGUCAUGACUGGGCAUCCUUUACCUUCAAACUACCGGAGAUGGCGUUUAGUAACCUCCGACGUACCAAAGUAUACGAAUUGGAUUUUGGCUCGAGUCUGGGCAACAUUGAGCGUUUUGAAAUGCCGGAUCCUCGAAUUGCUGGAGGGUGCUGGAUCUUGCCAGCACGUACUGUCAAGGAAGGUCCUGUAGCCUAA